AUGUUUCACGGCGACGGGCGAACCCGGAACAACUGGGAGGGAUUGCAUCGUGCGCUGACCGACCUCUCUACUGAAGAGUUGACCGCCAUCCAGGAAAGGGUGACGAGGUCUUUCUCCAACGAGGGGAUCACCUUCACCGUUUACGGGGACGACGAAACGGACGAACACAUCAUCCCGGUGGACUGCGUGCCCCGGUUGAUUGCCGAGUCGGAGUGGAGGGAACUGGAAGCCGGGCUGACGCAGCGCCUGAAGGCGUUGAACCUGUUUUUGCAGGACGUCUACGGCAAGUCGCAGGCGACCAGGGACGGAGUGAUCCCAGAGGAAAUGGUCCUGGGCUGCCCGCAGUAUCGGUUGGAGAUGCGGGGGUUCACUCCACCGCAGGGCACCUGGGUGGCGAUCUGCGGCACCGACCUGGUACGCACGAACGACGGGUUUCGGGUGCUGGAAGACAACCUGAGAGUGCCCUCGGGCGUUUCCUACAUGAUCGCGAACCGGAAGGCGGUGAAAACGAGCUUGCGCCGACUGUACCGUGCCUCGAAGGUGCUGGAGGUGGAACAGUACGGACGCUUGCUCCUCGACACGCUCACGGAGUUGGCGCCGACGGAGCGGGCCAGCCCGAGCAUCGCGCUGCUCACCCCUGGCAUUUACAACGCGGCCUUCUACGAGCACAUGUUCCUGGCGCACGAACUGGGCGCGGAACUGGUGGAAGGGCGUGACCUGGUGGUCAGGGACGAUUUCGUUUAUAUGAAAACCACCGCCGGACUCCGCCGGGUUGACGUCAUCUACCGCCGCGUGGACGACGAUUUCCUGGACCCAUCGGUUUUCCGGCCCGACUCGGUGCUGGGGGUUCCCGGGCUGAUGGACGCGUACCUGAAAGGGAACGUUGCCCUGGCGAACGCGCCGGGGACGGGGGUAGCCGACGACAAAAGCGUGUACGCCUACGUGCCGGACCUGAUCCGUUACUACCUGAACGAAGAGCCCACAAUCCAGAACGUGGAAACGUACCUCUGCCGCAGGCCGCAGGAACUGGAAUAUACGCUGGACAACCUGGACAAACUGGUAGUCAAGAAGGUGGGAGAAUCGGGUGGUUAUGGAAUGUUGGUGGGUCCUCACGCCACGCCGCACGAGAGAGAGGACUACGCCAAGCAGGUCAGGGCCAACCCGGCUGAUUUCAUCGCCCAGCCCACGCUGGCCUUGUCCCGGUCGCCCUGCCUGAUAGAUGGCAAUUUCGAGCCGCGCCACGUCGACUUGCGACCGUUCGUAUUGCAUGGGCAGACCACACGGAUCGUGCCUGGAGCCUUCUGCCGCGUUGCCCUGCGGAAGGGCAGCCUGGUAGUGAACUCAAGUCAGGGAGGCGGCGGCAAGGAUGUCUGGGUGCUGGAGGAGUAA